AGGCAGUAAUGACGCCUCUGUACGUGUGCGUGUGACACGCGUCCGCGAUCUGUCCGCUUCUGACAGGGGACAGGGUUUGAAUCAGUUUGAAUCUCUCGCCUCGAAAGCCGCGCCGCAGCUCGCGAGAUCAAUUCCUCGACUACUGUCGCGACGUCGCAUUCCCGCCCGUGCGAUGCUCCCGAUCCGGGGACGUCGCGUCGCCUGACACUCCGCGUGCGGUUUGAAUCUCGCAGCCGUUCGGGCUGUCGACUUAUGUGACCCCCGUGCGUGAGUACGACUUUCUCCAACCUCGUUUCGUUUCGCGCAACCGUCAACUGGACAGGAUCGCGAUCAUCGUCGUCGUCGUCGUCAUUGCCAGGAAUCACAGGAGGCCUACGCAGUUGAGCUUUUCGAUACAAAAUGGGUAGCAGCAGCCAGCUUUACAGUCUCUCCUGGGGAGAAUUCAGUUCCUCUCUGGUCUCUGCGGUACAGCUAUUGAGAGGACAUGGCGAUUUGGUGGAUGUUACCUUGGCUGCUGGUGGACGUAGCUUUCCUGCGCAUAAAAUUGUUCUCUGCGCAGCCAGUCCGUUUCUGUUGGAUCUGCUCAAGAGCACACCGUGCCAACAUCCAGUAGUUAUGCUGGCAGGAAUUGGAGCAGAUGAUUUGGAGUCUUUAUUAGAAUUUGUAUAUCGGGGAGAGGUAAGCGUCGAGCCAUCGCAGUUGCCUUCCUUACUUCAGGCCGCCCAUUGCUUGUGCAUCCAUGGAUUAACUCCACCAACUGUAGUAACAGAGAGUGGAGAAGAAGUUCCUGCAUCAGCGAUACCAACACCAAAUGAUGCUUUGUCGAAGGCGACACUCAACUCAUAUAAUCCACUGAAGCGGAGAAAAAAGAGGAGGAAAUCGUCCACAUCUUCUGGAAAAUGGCCCUGCACCAGUAACACUACUGAGACUAGCGAAAACAGAGUGGAUGAUAACAACAGAACAAUGCCUUACGAAAACAAGGAUGAUGAUGCUACAGAUCAGACUGAUGAUGCAGCGGGCACCAACUGCCUGGUUGGAAACUACGCGAACAACCAUCAGGGCGGCAGUCAUUCACCGCGACUUCAAGAAUCAUCCAUCGCGGAUAAUCAUCAGACGGCGUAUCAGGAUCACAUCUCGGAUGGCGAAUCGCAUCUGCAGUCAUUGAUGCCAAUGCAAUUCUCGCCGCUGCACAUACCACAGUUCCACAGCUCUCUGGGUUUUCCAUCCGCUUUGUCGUUGUCUAGUUUAGCGGCCACUCAAGCAGGAAGCGCGAAUCAGUCGAAGACGCGCGGUGCUUCCGAUUGUCCAGGUGUCUGUCCGCUUUGCGGCGCAACGUUGCGCCAGGCGAGGAAUCUGCGCAGGCACCUGUUGUCCUCGUGCAAGUAUCGGUUCAGUAACAACUCGACGAUGACUACGACAACGCAGAAUUCUGAUACAACGAUGAUGGAGAUCAAGCCUGAAGUUGAAUUGUCCAGUUAUAACGAUCAGUCGUCGGUAACUUAUGGGACCGACAGCGGCAGUAAUAGUUGCGAACAGAUAGUUUGUAAGCCCAGCCUACCUUCGCCGACGUUGCAUGGGCCUGAAAACGCGGUUUCGCCACCAAGCAGUAUCCCGUCGCCGACGAUCGCUAGAUAAAUGAAGGAGACUCGUCGAGACAAGCACGAGGAUCGUUAUUGAUUAUUCGUUUCGUAGUCUUACAGAUUUUGUUCGAUUGUGUUAUGGUGAUUGAAUUCGAGAGUGCUAUGAUGUUACGUGAGGAUGAAAAAAUGAAAACCUUGCGUUAUUUGUAUAGUAUAUUAGUAUCCAUUUAUGAGAACAUUUAUUUGUAAUUACUCAUUAUUUAACUAGAUCAAUUCAGAAUAUAUUUAUGCGAUUAAGUUUAUACACGAAUCUUCCACGCGUUAGUGUGUAAGGAUACCAUAGGAUUAAUCGAUGCAGUUUUAAGCGGGAAAAGUUCUAUUGUGACAUAAAAGAUUCUUAUUCUUUUACUAUAUGACUUAUACGGUAAUCGAAAUUUCCUAUAAUCGUGCAAUUCGAGUUUACAAUUCAUUUUACUGCCUCUUUAAUUCCCUCGCCACGGAAUGGUCUAAUAGCAAUAUAAAUUUAAAUAUAUAUUAGCUAACUGUAAUUUAUGAGUAUCAUUUUUUAACGAAACCGAAGAUCUUCCACAACAGCCACAAGAUGAAAUCGGUGCACAUUCCUAUUUUGUAAUGACGGACUUUGCUGUGUACGCGUGGACCGUUGACAAUAGUAUGUGCAUAUACGAAACAAUUAGCAUUUCGAUUGAAAGAAGAAGUAUAAAAUAACGGGUAUAAUAAUGUAUUAACCAGUU